AUGCCCCGAUGGAAACGAGUAUGGCGACACAGUCUGACGCAGAUGAUCCUGCUGAGCAUCCAGGCCUUCUGCGGUCCAGCCAUGGCAGAUGCGAUUGCAGGCCUUGGUGGUGGUGGUCUUGCGACUCCUCGAGUGUCCAAUAUCGCCACAGCCCUUACAUAUGCCAUGCUUGCUACAACUUGCUUCUUCGGAGGUCCCAUUGUUAACAAGCUGGGCGUCAAGUGGGCUCUGGUCAUCGGUUCCAUGUCCUUCCCCAUUCUAGGAUCCUCCUACUACUGCAACAGCAAGUUUGGUAACCAAUGGUAUCUCAUUCUUGGCGGCGCCAUCGACGGUAUUGGCACCGGCUGUUGGUACGUUGCUGAAGCCGGUGCAAUCAUGACCCUUGCACCCUCUAGUGCGCGUGGCAAGUAUCUCGCUCUGUGGAUUGUGUCUCGAAAUCUCGGACAGCUUGUUGGUGGUGCGAUCAACUUGUCAAAGAACUACCAGAAGGGUGUCAGCGGUGGAGUUACUCCUGACACGUACAUUGCUUUCCUCAUUAUUGAGUGCCUCGCUCUGCCAUUCGCCUUCAUGAUUACGCCUUUCGAACGCGUCAUUCGAUCCGAUGGCACACACAUCGUCACCGAGGAGGCUCUUUCUACCAAGCAGGAGAUCAAGCGAAUUUCAAAGACCAUGACCUCAAGACUUAUCAUGCUGUCCGCACUCUGGGCACUCUGGUCUUUCUUCUACAGCGGCUCUUGGUCCACGUACCUGGGAAUCCACUUCACCGUCCGCGCUCGCGCACUCUCAUCACUCAUCUCGCCGUUUCUGUGCAUUGUCGGCUGCUUCGGCCUUGGUUUCAUCCUCGACUCCAAGCAUCUUUCACAGCGCCGCCGCGCCCAAGUCGGUCUCUAUAUCGUCGUGACCCUCAACGUCGGUGUCUACAUUUGGUCCAUCAUUAUGCAGACCAAGUUCAAGCGCAAUGACCCGGGUGCUAUCGACUGGGACGAUGGCCUAUACCCUUCUUCCUUCCUGCCGUACUUUUUCGUGCAAACCACCGGCCCGUUGUCGCAGUCAUAUAUGUAUUGGCUCAUCUCUUCGUUCGCGAUGAAUGCUCAAGAAAACGUCCGCAACGGAGCUGCGUUUAGGUGUCUUGAGGCCAUUGGUCAGGCUAUUGCCUACGGUAUGAACACUCAGACGACGAGUGACCCUCUCGUUGGCUUUUGUGUUACAUUUGCUCUGCUUGGUGCUGCUCUUCUCCCAAUGAUCAUGUUGGUCAACACAACACCAGACAGAAUCCCCGCCGAUGAAAUUGCCGAGCAACAGUUGAACGCAAUGGCAGACAAGACUGGAGAUAUUGAGACAGUUCACCCGGUUAUCGAGAGGAAGAGUUGA